AUGCCUGGAAGAAUCAUUGAGAGGUAUGAACAGGUCCCCGUGACCAAGGAAGACCUGGACUGGGCGGAGUUGGUUACUAUCGAUCUGAGCAAGUUCGACACGCCCGGCGGCAAACAGGAGCUCGUCAAGGAGCUGGAGUAUGCUGUCACUAAAGUUGGCUUUUUCUAUGUCAAGAACUUCAAUAUCACGCAAGAAGAAGUCGACAGGCAAUUUGCCCUUGGCCGAGAAUUCUACAAUCUCCCGCUGGAGGAGAAGCUGAGGUACCACAACAGCGACGAUCUUGUCCGAGGUGAAUAUAACGGAUACCGGCCUGCUGGCCACAGAAUCCUUGGCAAUGGAAUCAAGGACAAUGUUCAAGUUUACAAUAUUCCGAAAUUUGACGGAUUUCACGAGCGCAAACAGCCACCGGUCCUUGAGGAGAACAUUAGAGAGAUCGAGGCAUUUUCACGGAAAUGCCACGAGGAAGUUGUUAUGAAGCUCCUGAAACUCUUUGCGAUCUUGCUAGAGCUCCCCGAUGAGGAUCAGCUGGUUCACGAGCACCAGUACGAUAUCAAAGGAGAGGACCACCUGCGAUACAUGCACUACGCUGCCCGCUCGCAGGAGGAAAACAAGAAGGUCGGCGAACUGUAUUCGCCUGGGCAUACCGACCUUGGCAGCAUCACGCUGCUUUUCAGACAGCCUGUGUGUGGCCUGCAAAUCCUCAACAACGAGGGUCAAUGGAAAUGGGUCCGGCCUGUGGAUGGGACUAUCACCAUCAACACAUGCGAUGCGCUGACCGCUUUGACGGGAGGGCUCAUCAAGUCAUCCAUUCAUCGCGUGCACGCUCCGCCGCAGGACCAGGCACACGUCGACCGCCUCGGUGUCCUAUAUUUUGCCCGGCCCAACAAUCAUGUUAUUCUGGAUCCGCUCCAGAACAGCCCGCUGCUGGCACGCCUGGGAAAGACCUCAAACGUCUUCACUGAGCUGGGGAAGCAUCUCACUACUGAAGAGUGGGUCAAGAUCCGCCAGACCCAGCAGCAGAGGAAGACGCCUGGGGCCAAGAUAACCGAGGAUGGAAAGUACGAACACAAGCCUGAGGACUUGCAGAUCCUGCCUGGGCUUCAUGCUACAGUUCAUAACUAG